UCAGCUGACUCUCAGAUUGAGUGCCACCAUAGACACCUUUCCUGUUAGUCAGUGUAAUCUUUAACAGCUCUCUCAGGUAGUGAACCUCCUUAGUUACACCAGCUAAGAGUCCUUUCUCUGUCCCUUUCAGCCAAGCUCCCUCCUGCCCCGAGUGUCUCUUCUCAUGGUCUGUUCCUCAGGUCCACUGCCAGUGAUGACGCUGUGCUUUGCCUUCUGCCAUACCCUUGCAAAGUGUCCCCUGCCCCUCAGCCGUGCCCCCAAAUUUGAGCUCUGUGACUUCUUAGAUGGGGAACCUCUCAUGAUUUGUCAAUUGUAAAUCCCAUUCUGAGGAACCACAUAUGGUAAAUGAUAUUCCUAAUGGUCUCUCAAUUCUCCCUAUUAAGCUAGGACGGACCCUGGCUGCAGAGAUUUUUGUGUUGAGAAGUGGAGGCUUGUCAUCUGGAGCUUUCAUCAAUGACAUCUGUCAAAGAUGACAGCCCGCAUCUUAAAUUGAGGGCAAGCCUGAUGUAUGCAAGGGCAAAAUAAACCAACCAAGAAUGGCCAGAGUUUCCUGGUGUUGGAUGAACAAAGAUUUGCAAAAGAGAUUCUUCCUAAGUACUUCAAGCACAACAACAUGGCGAGCUUUGUGAGACAGCUAAAUAUGUAUGGCUUCCGUAAAGUAGUCCAUGUUGACUCUGGCAUUGUCAAAUUGGAACGGGAUGGUCCUGUGGAGUUCCAGCACCCAUACUUUAAGCAGGGCCGUGAUGACUUGUUGGAGCAUAUUAAAAGGAAGGUUUCCUCUUCAAGACCCGAAGAAAAUAAAAUCCGUCAGGAAGACCUGUCUAAAAUCAUAAGCAGUGCUCAGAAGGUGCAAAUUAAACACGAGACCAUUGAAUCCAGGCUGUCUGCCUUAAAGAGGGAAAAUGAAUCUCUUUGGAGGGAAGUGGCAGAAUUGAGAGCAAAACACUUGCAGCAGCAACAGGUUAUUCGAAAGAUUGUACAGUUCAUUGUUACUCUGGUGCAGAAUAACCAGCUAGUGAGUCUAAAACGCAAACGGCCACUACUUCUGAAUACCAAUGGACCUCCAAAGACCACUAUGUUUCAGCAGAUCGUCAAAGAAUCAGCUGACAAAAACCAUCAUGUACCCCUCAGCAGAACUGAGGGACUGGAGCAGAGGGAGCAGAUUUCAGAUGACAUAAUUAUUUAUGAUGUCACUGAUGAUAUUGGUGAGGAAGAAAAUACUAUGGGUGAAGAAGAAAGUGCUCCCAUUACUCCAGAAACAAAUGAGGAUGCUACGUCAGACUCUUCCAACUGUAGUCAUUCUCCUGAUAUUGUAAUUGUAGAAGAUGAUAAUGAGGAUGACAACAUCCCUGUAAUUCAAGGGGAUAAAAAUAUCGAACCAAUCACUAUCCCAGCCAGUGAUCCCCUCAGUCCUGUCAGUGACAGUGCAAGCCCCCUCAUGUCUAGUGCUGUUCAACUGAACAACCAGUCAACUCUAACUGCAGAAGACCCUGUCUCAAUGAUGGAUUCCAUACUCAGUGAGAAUGGUGUAAUUUCACAGAACAUCAACCUUCUUGGAAAAGUUGAGCUAUUGGAUUAUCUUGACAGUAUUGAUUGCAGUUUAGAGGACUUCCAAGCCAUGCUGUCAGGACGACAGUUCAGCAUAGACCCAGAUCUUCUGGUUGAUCUUUUUACAAGCUCCGUGCAGAUGAAUCCCACAGAGCAUAUCAGUAAUACAAAAGAGACAAAAGGAAUAGAAACUACAAAGAGUAAUGGACCUCAGCCUGCUUCACAGGACACACAGAGUUCUAAGCCCAAAUCAGAUAAACAGCUCAUUCAAUAUACUGCCUUUCCACUCCUUGCAUUCCUUGAUGGGAGUCCAGGUGCAACUGUUGAGGGUGGAAAUUCCACAUCUGAAACAAUGUCCUCCCUAGACAAACCCUUAGAAGUGGAUGAGCUUCUGGAAAGCAGCCUGGACCCUGAACCAACUCAAAGCAAGUUAGUGCGGCUGGAGCCACUGACUGAGGCGGAAGCAAGUGAAGCCACACUGUUUUAUUUAUGUGAACUUGCUCCUGCACCCAUGGACACCGAUAUGCCAUUCUUGGAUAACUAACAUAGCAGGAACUUUGUAUAUAUUCAUCAAAACGAACUAUUUAUUUAGGAUAUCAUUUGGUAUCUUUCUGGGUUUUUUGGUAAAUUCUUUGGUUAGUAUAACCAGCUAUUGUGGAAUCUCUCUCCUAUCCUUCUCCCCACAAACUGCUCUUUGAAUAUGUGUAAGUAGUUGUGUACUUAUACAAGACAUCAUAGACAUAGUGUGACUUGGUAUAUGCAACUAAGUUACCAACCUUUUUAAUUUCUUAAAUAUUUGGUAUUUAUAGAGAAUACAAAAUAUCCCAAGUAAUGAAAAUUCAUGUCAGAAUGACCAUUGUUUUACACUCUUAGACUUUUUGGUUCUAUGUAUGAUUGAGUAGAAUAACUCUGUAUCGUGUAGAACUCUGAAUGUUUUCUGUAUUUUGGUUUUCUAUUUUUACAACCUUUUGUUUAAAAAAUGGAUUUUGGGGGGGGGGGGGGGGGGGCGCAUCAAGACCUGAGUUGAGCUGUAUUUUUUUUCUGGUUGAAUUGGGAACAAAGUGCCUGUUACCUAGUUGACUCUUUGGUUCUGCCUUAGUUUUUUCAGUGAGUGUAAUCAUACAUGACAGGAGAGAAAUGGAAGUUUUUAUUUAUUAAGACAGGAGCCACUUGCAUGCAUGAGUUCUAACCUGAACCAUCCACUUUGAUAAAAUAAAUGUUAUCUAGGUGUGACUUUUGUUAGAGGUCAUCUUUUACAUUGUCUACACUUUGAGUCAAUGCUUAGAACAUAUUUUCAGAUGAACUACUGUACAUGAAAUAACUUUAAUUCAUGCUAGUGUAUGCCACAAGACUGUUUUCAGUUUCAGAACAAUUUUUUUUAAAACCAGUAAUUAGGUAGGAUAAAUUUCAAGAGGUCAGGUCAGACUCUACAUGAGCUAUGUAUUAAGUGAAAGAUGUACUUUACUCCAUUAACAUGCUGAGAGAGUAAAUAAAAAUAGGUUGUUUUGAUACCAUU